AUGUUCAAUGCUCAAUUAAUCAGGUCUCGGUUAGUUGUAGAAUUAAGAGCAAUUGCAAUUCUAGUAAAUAUUACAAGAUCAAAUAUAAUGAAAUUAUUAUCCUUAGAGAAUCCAUUGAUUCCAAGUCAAUAUGAUUUAAAUAUUGAAAUUGAUCCGUUAAAUACAAAAUUUAAUGGUAUUAUAACAAUUACUUUAAAUAAAAAUAAAAAUAUUAUUAAUAUUAACGAAUUUAGUAAAUUUAAAUUGCAUGGUAAAAACUUAUCAAUUACAUCAGCUGUCUUAUUAAAUGAUGAUAAUACUACUAUAAAUUUAAAAGUAACACCUGUAAUCGAUCAGGAACAAUUCUUAUUUGAAUCACAUGAAUUAUUAUCGUUAAACGAUAAUAAAUAUCGUUUAACGAUUGAAUAUCAAGGAACGAUUAAUCAAGUAAAGACUCCCAAUGAUAAGACGCAUGGUUUAUUUAUUUCAAAUUUUAUGAAAAAUGAUAUAGCUAAUAAUUAUAUCUUGGCUACGCAUUGUCAACCUUCGUUUGCAAGAUUGAUUUUCCCUUGUAUCGAUGAACUUUCAAUCAAAACAUCUUUCAUACUAACAAUUAAAUCUUUAAGAAGAUUUAGUACAGUUUCUGUAUCAAAGAUAGAUUCAAUUGUUGAAAAUGAUGACGAAUCUUCUAACAUGAAGACAACUGUGUUUGAAAAGACAGAAUUGCUACCAACUUCACUGUUUGGAUUUGUCAUAGGUGACCUAGAAGAAAUUCAUUUAGAUUUACCUUCCACUUCCAAAGAUUCAACUAAUUUACCAAUUACUAUAUAUUCUCCAUUAAAAGUCACUCAAGCAACUUAUACUUUGGAUAUUGUUCAAAAAUAUUUACCAUUAUUAUCAAAAUUUUUCAAUUGUAAAUUUCCAUCAAAUAAAUUGGAUUUUGUAUUAUUACCUUUCUUAAAUGAUAUGGUUAUGGAAAAUUUUACAAUGAUCACGGUUCAAAUGGAUUUCUUAUUAUUCACUCCUCAAAGCUUAGCUAAUACUUCAGUAAGAAAUCAAACGAUUCAAUUAGUCGUUCAUGAAUUGGUUCAUCAAUGGAUGGGUAAUUAUAUUUCAUUCAAUUCGUGGGAAUAUUUACCAUUCAAUGAAUCCUUUGCUACUUUCUUAGCUUAUUAUUUGAUCUCUCAAAAUGAUUCAGAUAAUAAUGUUUGGGCGACUGAUAAUUAUUUGCAAAAUGAAUUAGGGAUGGCAAUGAUCCAAGACUCUGAUUUACCAACCUCAAAGAGUAUUCAUGACAGUUAUCAUCAACGUACCAACUUCACUACCACUACCACUACGGACCUUACUACAAAUGACUUGUUUGAUCCAAUCUCAUACCAAAAAGGUAUUGCAAUGUUAAGAAUGCUACAACUUUCAAUGGGUGAAGAUUUAUUCCAAAACGCAAUGGCACAGGUGUUCGAGGAUAAAGAUACGUUUCAUAAUAUCCCAGUAAAACCAAUGGACAUUUUCCAUAAGAUGGGUCAAGUAUUGAAAUCUGAAAAUGUUACAAAUUUUGUUAGUUCCUGGACUAGAUUACCAGGGUUACCUAUUGUAUCAGUACAGACAGAAAUCGAUGAAGCUUCAAAAUCUUUAAAGUCAACAUUGACCCAACAUAGAUUCUAUUCUAGUGAAAACAUUGAUCCAGAGUUUAAUCAGGAUACCAUUGAAGAUACCCCAUAUCAUAUUACUUUAUUGACUCAAUUACCAGGUAAACUCAAUGACACAAGGAAUACAUUGAUGACUGAUAGAUCCUUGAAACUGGAUUACCCAGUAACUUUAUUAAACUGUAACUCUCAAGGAUAUUAUCGUGUGUCUUACGAGACUCAAGAAUGUUACGACGAAAUUUGCAAGGAAUUGACUCUUGGUAAUAUUGAUGAUAUCAGUUUGUUCAAAAUCUUUCAAGAUAUUUCAUUUUUCCUCGGUAACAAGUUUUUCCAAAAAUCAAUCCAUAUUUCUGGUACAAUGCAAAUCUUGAACCAUAUCGCUUCCUCACCUAAGGAUAUCACUUUGAAAUCAUUAACCCUCUGGAAAUCAUUAUCCGAGGGAUUAUCUUUAUUACAAACCAUAGUCCAGGCUGCCGUAGUUCAUAACAGAAGAGCCAUCAUUACAAAGAUAACAAAACUUGUCACAAAAUUAUCUGAAAAAGUGGAUGAUUGGUCUGUCGAAACACUUUCUCAAGUCCAUGAUUCUUAUGAAUUGAGUUCUUUAUCUAAGAUCAUCGCACUAACAAGUACCACAAAACCAACAGAAGAAAUUUGCCAGGAAUUAUUUAAGCACAUUAGGCAAGGUCCUAAGGAUCUAAUUCCUAUAGAAUUGGUCAGCAGCAUCUAUAUGACUGUCAGUUACCAAAUGACAUCUAUCAAAGAUUGGAAGAAAUUAUUUGAAUUGGUAAAGACAUCUUCAGGUAUUGCAUCCCAUAUUAUUGAUUUUAACUCUACAUCGGAAAAUGAGAAGAUUAUUACUUUACAAAAUUUAGCCAUCACUAAUUUAGGAUUUGUCACAACAGAAGAAUUAAUUACUAGAUUGUUAAAUUUCAUUGAUACAAACAUUGCAGCUGGAGGAAUUGAAAAUGCAUUCAUUGGUGCCAAUUACAAUGCACAAGUGAUUAUAAACAAGAAGGAUAACACUAAAGUUCGUGAUGCAGUUUGGAAAUGGUUCAAAUUACAUUAUUCUGGAUGGAAGAGAAACCUAACUAAAAAUGGGGCCAGCGAUGGACGCGGUGAAGAGAAACUAGAGAAGAUCACAUUCAUGGUCUUACAAAUGUUUGUUGAAUCAUCAAAACUGAUUGAAAAAUACGAAAAAUUUGAAGAAAUCAAACCCGUCUGGGAAACAUUGCAACGUGAAGAUCGUUCUAAUUGUACUAUAAUUUCUGGUUUCUCUAAAUAG